AUGCCGCAGUCAGAUCGGUGGCGGCCAGCUCUGAACGAACGACCAACCCCGAACGAGCAAACCUUCAAUCUGACCUCGCGAUACCCCACAGCAGCAGCGAACCAUACGAACCAUACCCAGGCCAUGCCGGCUGCAGGCACUCGAUCCGCUGCCCCGCCCAGCGAAUUGCCCGUCGCCCAGUUGCGGCAGCAGGUGUCGCGACAAACCGUGCAGUCUUGGACCCCGACCUCGGCGAGCGCCGCAGCUGACGAGGAGCAGGGUGAAGAUGCAAAGAUGACGCUACACAGCCUGAACAUUCCAGAGCGCAUCAGCCCGAAUGGGGGGAAUCUGGCCGAUCUCCUGGCCCAAGUUACUGCACUGCUCUGGUUCCAAACCACAAAAGUUCUUGACAAGGCGGGGAAAAUGCAAACGCUUCCCUUAAACACUGCGGUUCAACCCCUACCGCCAGGCGCCUCUGCCAGCCAGCAUUUCAAAAAGUGGGUUCUAAAUAUGCUCACGACCACUCAAGUCACGCAGAAUGUCGCGGUACUCGCCCUGCUCUACAUCUACCGGCUCAAAAUGACGAAUCCGAAUGUCAAGGGGCGGCCGGGCAGUGAAUUCCGGUUACUCACAGUGGCCCUCAUGCUUGGCAACAAAUUCCUGGAUGAUAACACCUAUACGAACAAGACUUGGGCCGAUGUGUCUGGCAUCCCGGUCACCGAGAUCCACGUCAUGGAGGUUGAGUUCCUCAGUAAUAUGCGGUAUAGCCUCUUGGUUACCGAGGCCGAGUGGGAACAAUGGCUCGACAAGUUAGCAGGUUUCUGGCGAUACCUUGAGCUGGCCCGACAAGCUGUGUCAUCUUCGCCGUCUCCGCUCCUCAUCCCAUCCCCCACCACUGGUCGAUUUGUUUCCCCAUUGCCCUCUCCGACGGGUCCCGCUACCAGCAAGCUCUCACCCAGCCCAGGCCCGGUCUCCAACGGAAGUCCUGCACACGGUUGGCCCCCACCGUACGCGGGAAGCAAUGCGGUUUCCCCACUGGCCCUGAAGCCGGAGCCACACUUUUCGCUCAGAAAGCGUAGUUCCCCGGAUCACGGAGACUCUGCCGAACAUCCCGCUAAGAGAGUAAGCCGGGCACCCCCCUCUGAACAAGUGAAGUCAUCCGGGCAGCAAUCCCAGGCCCUUCGCCAACACCUGGCAACUGCUUCACAGGCCCAGCUUGCUUCCCAGCAUCCGGCCAAGUAUGAUCCGGGCCAGCAGCGUGCUGUGCCCGCCGCGGCCCUGGAACAAGGGCGGUUAUCGGUGCCGAGCUUGACGCUAAACACGGCUCAAGCUACCGCCGCUGCCGUCCCCGUCAGCCAGCCUCAGCCGUACGGACCACCUGGGUAUGCACCAGCGCAGCCCUCGCUGUCAUUGCCACCCAUUGGCCCGGGUAUCCGAGCAAUGUCGACUGUCUUCCCCACGACGACCUACACACCUCCGCAGUCAACCCCGGCAACGUGUGGGACCGUUACGCCGACUACGAGUUUCCCCCCUGUUAGCUACGGUACUCCGACAAAACGCCUGUCGCCUCAGAACGCCUUCUCGUCGAACGUAUCCUAUGCCAAUUCUUCUCCGCUGAUCGACCCCUUCCUCCACCACAUGGCCACCCCUAUUGGGAACGCAGGCGGCGCGAGCGGCUUACACACGCCCAUCUCGCACUCUCCCUCUGUCUAUCUGCAGCAGCGAAACAGCCCGUACAGGCCUGUCCGGCACGUCAGCACGCUGCUCUAUCCGCCCCCAUCAGCAUUUCUCGAGCAGUACCAUUUGCCGAACACGGUGCUGCCCAACCAGAUGCACUACCAGCCGCUGGGCAAGAGGAACGAGUACCGCACGGGAAUUCUUCCCGAGUUC